GAAGCCUGGAGCAGAUGGUGCUCUGCUUUGCUUUGGCCGGCGGUGACAGACAGGCGCUCUCAGCCAAUAGCCUGCUGGGUAAUCAGCUGAGCGGUCUGGACAGCGCCAGGUGUUUUUAUAAUUUUUCUUCUCCCAUCCGUAGGAGGAGGAGGAGGUGCAGGCUGUGGCGGUGGUGAUAGUGGUUGUGGCAGAGCGGAGGAAUAUCGGAGAGACAACGCAGUCGGUGGUGGGUUGCAGCAGGUUCAAGAUCUCUGUGCAGACCACACCAUGCCUCUCUCCGAGGCGCCCUGGGACUGAUCGGAUACUCGGAGCGACAAAUCGCUGUAAACAGCCGCCAGCUGAACCCACCGGGAUACCGGAAUAUGUGUUAGGACGCUGUUUGAUGAGCCCCGUUCACUUGGCACCGGUGGCGUUUAUUGUUGUGUGCUGACGCGUGUGUCUGGAUAAAGGACCCCGUGCGCUCGGGAACAUCAGACUGGAAUGCCAACAAGACUCAAACUCAAAGAUCCUGCUGUGAAUUUCCUGAGAAUUUGAUUUCAUGGACUUAAGGACAUAAUCUGUGGAAAGACUGGUUGAUGACUGUAACACACCGUUUUCCCAAGUCACUGGACCCACCUGCUGUCCCUCUCCAUCAUGGCUAGAUGGAGGUUAGACUGCCUUUUCCUGGGCCAGGUGUUUAUUGGCCUGAUCCUGGUAUCAGCAGGGUUAUCUUUUGUCCAGAGCAAUGAGUGCCCCCAGCUGUGCGUGUGUGAGAUCCGACCCUGGUUUACCCCCCAGUCCACGUACAGAGAAGCCAUCACAGUAGACUGCAAUGAUCUUCGUUUGACACGCAUUCCAGGAAAUCUUUCUAGUGACACUCAGGUUCUCCUCUUACAGAGCAACUAUAUUGCCAGGACCAGUGAGGAGCUAGAGCAGCUGUUUAACCUAACUGAGUUGGACCUAUCCCAGAACAAUUUCAGUAGCAUUCGAGAUGUUGGUCUUUCCAAUAUGUCCCAGCUCACCACACUUCACCUGGAGGAGAACCAGAUCACUGAAAUGCCCGAUUACUGUCUGCAGGACCUCAGCAACCUGCAGGAACUCUACAUCAACCAUAAUCAGAUCAACACGAUCUCUGCCAAUGCCUUCUCUGGGCUCCAUAAUCUGCUCAGGCUUCACCUCAACUCCAACAAACUCAAGACCAUCAACAGCCAGUGGUUUGAAUCUACACCCAAUCUAGAGAUCCUAAUGAUUGGGGAGAAUCCUGUUGUUGGAAUAAUGGACUUUAAUUUCAAACCACUGGGCAACCUGAGAAGCCUGGUAUUGGCAGGAAUGGAUUUGACAGACAUUCCUGGAAAUGCUUUAGUAGGACUUGACAAUCUUGAGAGUCUCUCGUUCUAUGAUAACAAGCUUGUCCGAGUUCCUCAGAGAGCACUUCAGAAACUACCUAACCUUAAGUUCUUGGAUUUGAACAAAAAUCCAGUACAUAAGAUCCAAGAAGGAGAUUUCAAGAACAUGCUGAGACUGAAGGAGCUUGGUAUAAACAACAUGGGAGAGCUAGUUUCAAUUGACCGUUAUGCUUUAGAUAAUCUUCCUGAACUCACUAAGUUGGAGGCUACAAACAACCCUAAAUUCUCUUACAUCCACCGCCAGGCCUUUCGUGAUGUUCCAGCUUUGGAGAGCCUUAUGCUGAACAAUAAUGCUCUGAAUGCCCUCUAUCAGUCCACAGUGGACUCACUGCCCAACUUGCGAGAGAUCAGCAUCCAUAGCAACCCUUUGCGCUGUGACUGUGUCAUCCAGUGGAUGAGCUCCAACAAAACAACAGUCCGCUUUAUGGAACCUCUUUCCAUGUUUUGUGCCAUGCCAACAGAGUUCAGGGGUAUGCAUGUGCGUGAAGUUUUGCAGAAUAACUUAGCAAACCAGUGCUUGCCCAUGAUUUCUCACGAUACCUUCCCCAGCCAACUCAAUUUAGACAUUGGAAUGACCGUGGACUUGGACUGCAGAGCCAUGUCCCAGCCAGAGCCUGAAAUCUACUGGGUGACCCCCAUGGGAAACAAGAUAUCCAUCGACACCAUAUCUGACAAGUACAGCCUCAGUAGUGAAGGUACACUGAGAAUUUCUCACAUCCAAGUUGAAGACUCUGGCAGAUAUACCUGUGUGGCAGAAAACUCAGAGGGAGCUGACACUAGAGUGACUGCCAUAAGGGUGAACGGCACCCUGUUAGACAGCACGCAGCUUAUGAAGAUCAAUGUCAAACAGACCGAAUCUCACUCAAUUCUUGUUGCCUGGAAAAUAAACUCCAAUGUAAUGACCUCUAACCUCAAGUGGUCAUCUGCAACCAUGAAAAUAGACAACCCACAUAUUACUUACACUGCCAGAGUACCUGUGGAUGUUCAUGAAUACAACCUGACACAUUUACAGCCAGCAACGGAGUAUGAGGUGUGCCUCACUGUCUCAAACAUCCACCAGCAAACGCAAAAGUCGUGCGUUAAUGUGACGACAAAGCAGGCUACCUUCGCCGUGGAAAUGUCGGAUCAAGGAACCAACACUGCUCUUGCAGCAGUCAUGGGAUCAAUGUUUGCAGUCAUCACCCUGGCCUCCCUCGGUAUCUACAUUGCCAAGAGGUGGAAGAGGAAAAACUAUCACCAUUCCCUGAAAAAGUAUAUGCAGAAAACCUCAUCAAUACCGCUAAAUGAGCUGUACCCUCCCCUUAUCAAUCUUUGGGAGGCAGACAGUGAGAAGGACAAAGAGGGUUCUUCUGAGACCAAACCCAGCCAGGUGGACACCACACGCAGCUAUUACAUGUGGUGAGAGCAGCUUUCCAAGUGGGAGACUGUUUUAGGAGCACAAAUAUACAUAUUUGCUUCUUUGUGUAAAAGUGAACUGAGCAUUUUUUUUUUCCUUUUCCUUUUUUUGUUUCUUGAUUUAUUUUUUUUGUUCUCUCAGACUGAAGCGGGCGAUGAACCGCCAUUUUCAAAUCUCUAGUUUAGCAUACUGCCUUUUUACCCAGUUUGACACACAACACGGCAGCUUUGUUUAGCUUCCUGGACUUAGUAGUCACUGUGCUUUACUUUUAGUACUCGUUUUGAUGAACACAGCAUGAGCAUCGUCACGGAUUCGGUACGCGUGAGCAAAGGAAAAAAAAACUGAAAUCCAAGAUGUUUUUUAUUCGUUUCUCUGGCAAAACUGUUAGAGACUGUAAUCUUUCUUUCUCUUGUAAAACAGUUUCACUGUUGACUGUUGUGCACUGAAAUAUAUAUAUAUACUAAUUUGUCUAUCAACUCAAAUAUAAGCUGACAAAGUAUGUUUAGACUUGAUAUACUGUCUAUUGAAUAAUGUUAGAAAUUCUUCCGUAACGUUGUAUCAGCUAUGAUUUAAGUUUCUUUUUGUACGUUAAAAUAACCAUAUGUUUGAUUUAGAAUUUAAGUUUGCAGAGCCACUGCUGUAAGCCAGCAAUAGAAAUAUGAAUGUUAUAAACUAGGUAAAUAGAUGUAAGGCUUUUUAAAUUUCUUAAAUACUUUGUUUCUUAUUUUGCUAUAAUAUGUCUACAAUCACUGGUUUUGUUGUGGUUUACACACACCAACAUGUUGUUCGUUGAGGAACAAGUUAAAUAAAAUCUUUUUUUCCUCAUAUUUUCUAAA